CCCCCGGAAACAGCGCACACACAGAGGGUAGAGAAGACAAGAUGGCGGAGUGAGUGGGCUGCGCUUUGUACCGACGGUUAAGACCCUGGAAGUUUGACCAAAUCGCUCCUGGAGGACUGAAAAGGUCGAAAAGGAAUCAGAACCGUCGAAAGUGAGAUUAAAUCGACGGUUUCUGGCCAUCAGAGCCGAGGAGGAACGGACGGAUUCGGCGCCGCGGUGCUCGCGACAGCGUUAGCUCGAUGCUAACGUUAGCCUCGGUUAGCUUUGACUAGCAGAGCUAGCUUCUGAAGGCCGCAAGCUUUCCGGGCACAGUUUGGAUGUAAAUACUUCGACACUGCGGAUAUUUGAUUUGAUGAAGAUUCACCACAGGGGCAGCCCAUCAUUCAAGAGAACAACCCCAGAAGAUAUCAAAUAUUCGGCUUUAAUUUUUCCAUUAGUUGUCUUUGAUAUAUUUGGGAUCGGGAGCUGUUCGAUAAUUCCCCUCAUCAGCUGGACAAACAGCCUGCUAACAGUCACAUCUCUUACCCUAACCCUGUAACCCUUUGCGGGACAUCAUGGCGAGCAGCAGCGGCUCUAAAGCCGAGUUCAUAGUCGGGGGAAAAUACAAGCUUGUCAGGAAGAUUGGAUCGGGAUCUUUUGGUGACAUUUACCUGGCUAUUAACAUCACAAACGGAGAGGAGGUAGCAGUAAAGUUGGAGUCACAGAAAGCCAGACAUCCACAGCUGCUUUAUGAAAGCAAACUGUACAAAAUCCUGCAGGGAGGAGUCGGCAUCCCGCACAUCAGGUGGUAUGGACAGGAGAAGGAUUAUAACGUCCUAGUGAUGGAUCUGCUGGGACCCAGUCUGGAGGAUCUGUUCAACUUCUGUUCCCGCCGCUUCACCAUGAAGACAGUCCUCAUGCUGGCAGACCAGAUGAUCAGCAGAAUUGAAUAUGUUCACACAAAGAACUUCAUCCACAGAGACAUCAAACCAGACAACUUCCUUAUGGGCAUCGGCCGUCACUGUAACAAGUGUUUAGACUCGUCAGUGGGGAAGAGGAAAAGAAGCGUGGCUGUUAGCUCUUCUCAGGAUCCAUCUUUCUCAGGAUUAAACCAGUUGUUCCUCAUCGACUUUGGUUUGGCAAAGAAAUACCGAGAUAACCGAACACGACAGCACAUCCCCUACAGAGAAGACAAGAACCUGACUGGCACUGCACGCUACGCCUCCAUCAACGCACACCUGGGCAUCGAACAGAGUCGCCGUGACGACAUGGAGUCUUUAGGCUAUGUGCUGAUGUACUUCAACAGAACCAGUCUGCCAUGGCAGGGACUCAAGGCUGCCACAAAGAAGCAGAAGUACGAGAAGAUCUCAGAGAAGAAGAUGUCCACCCCCGUGGAGGUCCUGUGUAAGGGUUUCCCAGCAGAGUUUGCCAUGUAUCUGAACUACUGCCGUGGCCUACGCUUUGAGGAGGCUCCAGACUACAUGUACUUGCGCCAGCUGUUCCGCAUCCUCUUCAGGACUCUGAACCACCAGUAUGACUACACAUUUGACUGGACCAUGCUGAAACAGAAAGCCGCCCAGCAGGGGGCCUCCUCCGGGGGCCAGGGCCAGCAGGCACAAACCCCCACAGGCAAGCAAACUGACAAACCCAAGCCUAACAUGAAAGGUUUCUGAGGUGUGACCCCCCUGUUGCCCCGCCCCUCCCCCUCCCCGAGCAGAGGUGCAGCAGUGUUGGUGACCAGGCGUGACCGACAGGUGUCUCUUCUUCCUGGCUGAGCGGCGGACAGCAGACGGACGGACAGACGGCGUGUGUGUGUCGAUGUGUGUGCUGAAACGUUCACCUGUAAAUAAAUAAAUCUGCACUCCAAACAAACACAGAGAGGCAGGUUGUUUCUGACGUGGAGGCUGUAGCUCCGCCCCCCUCCCCUCAAACACUCACCCUCCUCCCCUCUCCAUCCUGUCUCCCCCCUCCCCAAUGUAAGACAUGUUAACCCUUUUGUUUCUGAAUAAUUGAAUGAUGCAACCCUGGAUGUUCUUUACUAAAAUCAGAAAUGUUGGAUUUUUUUCUUGUUUUCUUUUGUUUCUAUGGUGAUUAGAGGUUUGCCUGUUGACGAUAUAAGCCGCCGAUGGCAACAGUGGAUGGUAGAAUGACUCUCCCUCUCUCUUUAGAGCUCUCAAUUAUUAUUAAAUCUGUUGUAAAACCUAUGGUCUUCUCCAGAAAUACCAAUAAAAACAAGACAGAACUCUA